AGUCACAAUGAAUGGGUCCAGUGUAGCGAAUACAUCACCCAGUGUGAAGUCCAAAGAAGACCAGGGAAUAAAUGGGCAUGAGGAGAAGGAAAACCCAUUUGCAGAGUACAUGUGGAUGGAGAAUGAGGAGGAUUUCGACAGACAGGUGGAAGAGGAGCUUCAAGAGCAAGAGUUUUUGGACCGUUGCUUCCAGGAGAUGUUGGAUGAAGAAGACCAAGACUGGUUUAUCCCUUCACGGGACCUGCCACAGGCCAUGGGCCAGCUGCAGCAACAGUUAAACGGACUGUCUGUCAGUGAGGGCCACGAUUCUGAAGAGAUUUUGAACAAAAGUAACCUGAACCCGGAUGCGAAGGAAUUUAUUCCAGGAGUGAAGUACUGAUCGAACAGAGCGAACAGAGCGCUUUGAGAGAGACUUGUACUUCCCCACGUCUGGGGACAAAGCUACACAAAAAGGCAGCAUUGAGAGGGGGUGGGUUGGGUGAAGGGUGCACAGCGGGAAUGGGGAACAGUGGUUUAACUUGACAUUGCGACUGGAGGAACUAAUGUGCUCAGUCUUACUGGACAAACCUCUUGAGUAUUUCUCUUUUGUUCUCCAUUGUCGUUUGGAGCAGUUUCCUGUUGUUGUUGUUGUUGUUGUUGUUAUUGUUGUUGUUGUCAUUAUCUCUUUCAAGUUAAGGAAUUGGCAAUCUUUUUUUUUUUCCCCUUCAUCAGAAUUUUUCUGCUGUAUAUGUAUUUAAAAAUAAGUUGACCAAGAAAAUCUAGGUGUUUAAGAAAUGCCCUGCUCGUCCUGCUGUACAUGUCCCAGGGGCAGCGAACACCUGGGUAACUACUUAUGAGUCUACUUGAGCUGGAUAGGAAGAGAGACACGUGGGAGAAGCAGGUGUUGCACUCGCAUAGCUCGGCUUCCCAGGCUUCCCUGCGGUGAAUGGGGGGGUUACUGGAAGCCUGCCAUGACCUUGACUCCCGACCUGAAUCCAUUCAAGAAAACACAGCCUUAAGGAACUGGUUUACAGUUCAUCUUUGAUGGUUAAUUGGAGGUCUAAAAUGUGAUUGUCACCUGUCAUUCAGCUUCUGCUCGCCUUCUGUUCAGCCUCUGUUACAUCUCCCGUCAUCAUUGCAAGUUAAAAAACACUAGGGUUGACCUGUCACUUUGUCCCUUGUGGUGUCUAGUCCCCUCUGUCCUGCCCACCCCACUUUGUUUUUCAGAAAAGAUAUGUUACCAAAGGUGCACGAAAGGCAUGCUAGGCUGGCUGUCAAUCCUACACCUGGAGAGGUCGUCCUUGAAUUGUUCAUCCUCGUUCAUUGUGUCUUAAGUUUAUUUUGACAGUGUUUUUCUUUCUGCCCCAUGAACAUUUAGUCCUGGCAUCUUAAUUCUUAGAAAGGAUUAUACCCUUUGCAAGUAAAUCGUUUUUUGGGACACUAGCAAGUAGUUCAAUUCACAAUUUGAGCGCUUCUCCCCACCGUCAUAGUUUUGCAAAAGAACUCAGACCAGUGAGUCCUGAGAUUGACCCAGAUGGCUGGGCCUCAUUGGAAGUUUCAGCAAUUGUAGGAUAUUGGCAUUGGCACACACCGUAUAUGCAGGUUUUUUUGGUGGGUGUUUUCUGGGUAUGUUCUCAUGUAAUUUUUUGUGGGUGGAGGCUGGGGGAUUUACUGAUAGUCAUAAAGAACUGAACUGGACACUGGGAGCUCUCUUUGUGAGACAGAUGUUAAGUGACAGUCAGGGAAAAGAAUGUGUAUCCAGUCCUGGCCAUUCUCCAGGGACAGGGAAUUUCAGAGGCCUGAGGAAGACAGUGACUUCUGGGUAAUUGCUACUGUGUUGUGUAUAGGCCUCUUAGGAAAAGAUCAUGGCACUUGAAAUAAAGUCUGUGUAAAGUUAGUAUGCGGAUGUGGGACAGUGGGAGGAGAGGACUAGGAUUGGGAAAACUUAAUUUGAUUUUUCCUUAUGCACGCCCUUGUUAACGUUUGGAACACCCACAGGCUAAUCUCGGAUUUCGAACAUGAACCGCAACUUUCCUUAUUUGAGCAGAGGAUGGUAUCAUUUGAAAGGAGAUCUAGCAUGUUAAGUUGCAGCUGUAGGAGAGUUGUAUUGUUGCUUGUAUCGUGUGCGCAUUAAUUCCCAAAGCCUCUACCUCCAGAGAAUGGUACUCUUUUCAGGGAGGGCCCCAAAUAAGGGAGCUUCUUUGCGUGUCCCCUAGACUGUUACCUGUAGUAAUGGACUUAAGCCUUGGAAGUACAGAGAUGGGGGGUCCUCUCUUCUGGGGCUGCUCCUCCCCUGGCAGUCUCCAUCAGCUGGUAUCCAUUCAGAAUUCUGGAGGCUGCUGGGAUUGCCAGUGGAGCCCUUUUCUAGACCAGUCUUCAGCAGCGCACAGAAGAUUUUGUUUGGCAUCUGGUCUGGAAAGUUCUACAGGAUCCAGAUUGAGUCAUUUCUCCAUUUCUGAAGAUGACUUACUCCUCUGACCCAUCGACAGGCUAAGAUGCUGGCUGCAGUCCAAGGGGCCUUCUCGUGCUCUGUGGUUUCAUUGUGCGUCUGUUUUCAGUGUGAUCUACAAGGUGUAUUUGGGCAGGAUUAAGGAAGCUUCCUUCCGGGUGAGCAGAACUGAGGGCUCCAUUCAUAGUGUACUGACUUCAGGACUGGGAAGCAGUUAGCAGUGAAUGCGAACUGUUUUCUUCUUAUGUGGGUUUGUGCUUCCAAUAGUUCCUCUUACAGCCCAGUUCUUUCCCCACCUAUUUUAUGUGAGGUUGUCGCAUUUGUCACAUAGGUUGCAUAUGUUCAGCGAUGGUUAGAGUUUGCCACUUCUUAGCAUAAAAACCCUGUGUUUUGCCUAAUGAAAACCAGGUAAACAUUGGGAGCCUAAGUAUAAGCAGUUAGCACAACUUGAAUGAUUUACAAGUGACAGAUUUGAUGUGAAUUUAAGCCACUACUCUGGUCAAACUUCUUUUAACUGGCAACUGUUUACAAACAACAUAUGUUUUAAAAGUUGUUCAUUCUCGCUGGUCCAAGUGUUAAUUUAUUGGUGGUUGAUUCCUAGUUUUCAUGAUUAUCUGAUACAAAUUCCAAGGUGAAAAUUAUUUUCCUCUCUUAUUCUCAAGAGGAUUCUCAAAUCCGUUUUAGUUUCUUCAAGCCUUUGAACUGCCGCAAAAAAAAAAAAAAAAAAAAAACCUGUUGCUCGGGUCUUUAAGUCAAGGCGAACCUUGACAUCACUUUUAGUUUCCCAGUUCAGAAUAACGGCAGUCUCUUUAAUUUGUUAUAAUCAAAACUGGCUUAAGAAAAUACUGUUCGGGCUAGUGAGAAUGGUACAGCCUUGCACAUGGUUGACCCGGUUUCUUAGCUCAUAUGUUCUCCUGAGCCCUACCAGGAGUGAUCUUUGAGUACCACUGGGUGUGGUCCAGAAACAAAAAAAAAAGAAAGAAAAAAAUAUUUUUAAUGAAACACUAAAUAUUUUUCAAAUUCUGUAUUACAAUAAUACCAAUGUUUUGCUUUGAUUUUGCAAAAGUAGGAAGGUCAGUUGGAUGUUCUUGACAGUUUACAUAUAUCAGCAAAGUUGUUUGAAGCAAGUACCAAGGGAGACAAUUGAAUAUUUUUGCUUUAGUGAUACUGCACACCCCAUACCCAGGGAUUUGCUGGAGAGGGUAGAUGCUCUUUGAUAACACAGAUUAAUAGUGUUUCUCGGUUUAGGUGGUAUUGAGCUGUGGGAGCAGGCAGAGACCAGACAGUGUGACAAGAUUCGAAGAUGUCCAUCUAGUGGGAAAACUUGUGCAUUUUCUCCUCGGAAAAAACUCCUAAGCCUGGGUGGAGUGAAUAGGAUUUACCCAGACCUAAAGUUUAGAGGGCCAUGCUCUGCUCUUGCUUCCUUGUGAGUAACCCCCAAUAAGGUCAGUUCUGCUAGUUCUUUGGUCCCGCUUGCUACCUUGUGAAUUCCAUUCAGAGUGGGGCUAGUCACAACUGGAAGGUUUUAAAUCUGCAGCCUUUCAUUUAAAGGCUACAGUUAGGACAAGGGACAGAAUUACACACUAACCCAAAGAGACACUCUAGUUUCCUGCUUGCUCCCUGGCCUUCUGCCUUCAGCACCCAGCUCCCUACUGUUGUUCCCAGUCUAGUUUGUUUGGGUUUUUUCUUUUGGGUGGGGGUCUAGGAGUAAGAUGGCUGAGUACACUGUUCUUUCCAGGGUGUCAGCCUUGACACCACCGCCGGCCACAGGAUGGAAGAGAAAUCUGCAAAGGAACGGAUGCAUCGUCUUUAUUCCAAAAGAAAAAGUCCCUUUAGAUUUAAUUGUGAUUUGGCAUUUCAACAUUUGCUGACCUUUCCUGCCUUAUUGUUGGUUACCUUUUAAUUUAAAUAAUGAAUAAACAUUCUACGUAAAUAUUAUACACAAACCAAAACAGAGAUACUUGUAAUUUUUUUUUACAAUUUUACAUUUCCAAAAUGUGCAUAUGAGAAAAUACAUGUUUUCACUCUGUAAUUCAACCCUAAACGAACAUCUGUCCUAAUGUGAGCCUGCAGGGAUGUUUAAUGCUUGUUAAUGGAUGGUUUGGGAGGCAAGGCAAGCUUUUAACAGACUCAGGUUUAUUUUGCAUAUGAGAUCCAGCCUAUUUCAGGUGUGUAGUUCAGCAGUUUUAAUAACUUUCCUGGUGUCUCCAUAACCAAUGACUCACAACUUUUCAUCCUUCUCAGUAUGAGCCUUCAUGCCUGUUUACAUGAUAAUCUCUGUACACAGCUCAAAGCAACCACUAAUCUAUCUAUAAAUUUGCUUUUUCUGAACAUCAUGGUAAUGGAGUCACCCAGUAAAUAAUUUCUUGUUUCUGUUGUGUGUGUGUGGUUUUCAUUUUUUUAUAUUGUGUUUUUGAGAUUCAUCCAUCACAUAGAACUUGUGCUGGUAGCUUGUUCCUUCUUAAGGAAUUGUAUGUCAUUGAUGGAUAUACCAUUUUUUUUUGUCCCGGGGAGCCUUUUAAACUUGAAUCUUUCAUCCUCCUGUGGUUUCAGUCCUUAGAACACAGAACUCCUAGAGAAAGCUGCCGACACAUCCUCCCUCAGAAUCAGCCUUGCCAUCAGAAGCUUCUCACUCAUGGUUGAGCUGCUGCAGAAAUUUUUUUUUUCAAUUUCGCAACUUUUUUACGAGGAAUUUUUGUGCUACCUGUUCAUCGCAACAAGAAAGAGAGAACAGGCACAUGCAAUGCUGAGUUAUUUCGCCCCUCCUUGACUGACUUACUAAAUGCAGUUUCAUCCCCAUCACAGUGCUUCAUGAUCAUGUGUUCACAGUGGGACUGCCUUUGUUCACAUGGUGUUGGCAGGAAGCAGGCAGCCAACAGUGAGUUAGGCAGAGAAAGGGAAUGGGAAUGGCAUUCAUGGGAUAAGAAGUGCCCAGGAGGUCUAAGCAUGACCCACUCUUUGACUGGAGUGGAAGGGAUAGGUGUGUGCUGAUGGUGUCUGGGAGCAUAGCACCUCCAGGAGACUCAAGUCUUGACUUUGGACCUCUGUCCCUGUUUCACAAGGGUUUUUUUUUUUUUUUCUUUUUGGGUCACACCCAGCGAUGCUCAGGGGUUACUCCUGGCUUUGCACUCAGGAAUUACUCCUGGCGGUGCUUGGGGGACCAUAUGGGAUGCCGGGGAUCGAACCCGGGUCGGCCGCGUGCAAGGCAAACGCCCUACCCGCUGUGCUAUCGCUCCGGCCCCUUCACAAGGGUUUAAAGGGUUGUUUUCCUAAAUAAUACCUGGUAGUUAUUAAUACUUCCUUGGGAGGAGGGGGUAGGACUUUAAAUGAAGAAAAGAAAUUUUCAUAAAAAUAACCAAAAAUAGGGGGGAGUUACUUUUUAAACAAAUUUUGCUAUACGCACCAAAUGGCAGCUGUUGGAAAUCUCAAUAAAAUGAGAAAUAAAUGC